ACGAAUUGGAUCCAGCGAAGCACACAAAAGAACGCUGGUGACGGGAAAAGAAGAAGAGCUGAACUUCGAAGAUCUGCAAGAAGGCAACAAUUUAUCAUUAAAGUAAGUUCCUGGCGGUUUUAUAACCGGCAAGAAGAAGUCCUCAACCAAAAAUCGCCGAAAGUUAUAGAUCGCUUCGUCUUAGCCUGCGUUGCAGCCGGCCCACGCACUUGUCUAAACCAUUUGUAUAGUCCGUCUGCGAAUUAGUGCACCACAGCUCGUUCUAAUAUCCUGCAGAGUCGCAAGGACAUAUGUGAACGUUUCGGAUAGGCGGAUUUCUUACGUGUUUCUUAUGAGCCUCACGAUUGGCCUAAUUCUUACGUGUGCGUGACGGUUGGGCCCAGUGACAUGUCAAAAUUCACAGAAGGGAGUCGGCAAGGAUCGUUUACAGUGAACAAUGAAAGAGUAGUUCGAACUUUAAAGCCGUCUUCUGAACAAGAAAAUGCUUUGAGAGAAUUCCUUCAAGGCCAUAAUUUGCUUGUAAAUUUGCCGACUGUUUUACCAGCGUCUUCCAAUCGCUGUAGAUGCACUGCUGCGUAUUCUGCAAUCUAGCCGACAGUUCUAGCAUCAAAACAAAUCAGGAAAUCAUGAUAUUCACCCUGAAAAAAAAGUACACACAUGUAGCCAUUCAGGUCCAGGCAUUUCGGAGAAAACCAAAGAAACUAAGGUUAUUUAGCCGCAAUAAAAAAGUUUAAGGCUUGAACAGAGGUAAAAGAAAAAUGUUUUAAUGGUAAACUGCAUCUGUGAUCAAAUCCUGUCAGAAAACAUUUGCUGAAACAUAAACCACAGGAACUAAUUCAAUUCGAUAUGCAUGGAACAGAUCAGCUUCAUAACCUCUAAAUGUGAGACUCAAAGCGGAAAAAAAAAUUCUCAGUCAAAGUGUAGAAUACUCCACGCACUGCAUAAACUACGCAAAAAGAGAGAAAGAAAAACCUCUGUUGCUCAAACUGACUACUCUAAGGUCACGUUUCACAUUAUCACGAGCUCAGUCUCUCUUGUUACGAGCUAUGAGUCAUGUUUGGCCUGUCAACACUUAAUUCAAAUCGGACUAAUCACAAACUGUGUAAGAAACUAGCCAAUCAAAAACGCCGACAUAUGUCCUUGCGACUCUGCGGGAUUCCAACACGAUAUUGUGCACUAAUUCGCAGACGCUCUAUACAGAAGGUUUAGAGCGUCUGCGACGCAGCCAACUUCGUCUUCAAUUAUCUUGCCGUUGAUAACGCGGGUCAAACAGCAGCAGAUAACAAGCACACAGGCAGCAUGAUUUUUCCUUUCUUUCUUCUGGCAAGUAAAGCCUACAAGCCGUUGGGAGAUGAUACUUUUCAGAACCAGUCAGUAAAACUCAUUUGCUGA